AUGCUGUUUCGUAGUCUCACUCUUCUUUGUGUCAUUGCAAUUUGCUACUCAUCGUAUAGUCCAUUCCUUCCGACUCUUUCCGACUAUUUGAUGAGCAGAGAUCAAGUCAAAAGAUACUUCUUCACAGAAUCGCGCGCCUACGUCGCCGGCACGUGCCCAAGUGUUCCAUUUGCUUCUGCCCAAUCUGGCUUCGCCUCGGGAGUCGGAUUGCCAGCUGACACAACCUGGCGAAAUGCUGAUCUAUUGACAAAUGCGACGAUCACGAUGAUCGACAGCGGAAUCGACGGACUCGCAGCAGUCUGUGGAAUCCGACAGCAAUUCGUUCAAACCCUCGGACAAGCCUAUGACACAUGUAUUGAUCGAUUCUAUCUCCUCAGCUUGGGAGGUAGCGACUUCUGGAAUAUUAUGACUUACACACAUCUCAUGAAGCACUUGGAAUUCAUUUGCAGCACAGGAUUUGAUGUCUAUCAACGCAACAUUGAUUGCAUUCGUAAGGGAGAGACCACCGACGGAAAUCUGUACAAGGCGUGCUUCUACAAAUUCAACCGCACCGUCGAAACAAAUCCGAACAGAUUCUGCGACGCCACUGAAACAUUCGUGACCUGCAUCAAGGAUUUCUUCACGGAGGAAUGCAAUCCGUGGGUUGGAUGGAUGCAAUGCGAAUUGGAACGCGUCGGAUUCGCCUAUGAUUGCUUCAAUAUUUACUGUUAA